AUGAAGGAUACAGUAAAUGAAGCUGCUGCAUUGUCUCCUGGCCGCCAUACAUUGAAAGUCUGCGACAGGAUUGACAAACUAAGGAGGGAAAGGAGGGACAAGGUGUCUACCAUCAAAGCGAAAAGGCGCCGCCUUCAAUUAAAGAGGGUUCGAAACAAAAAAGAAAAGGUGUCAACUAUUAAAGAGGGAACAACCUAUUCUACCAAUAUUGCCCUCUCUCAACAAGUUGUUGAGGAACAAAUCCCCUCUCCUCUUACAUAUAACAAAGAAGAGAAUUAUGUUGUCAUAGAUUUAGAGACAACAGGUCUUGGUCACAACAGUGACAUUACACAGAUUGCUGCUGUGGGAUCGGAUGGGUCUAAGUUUAGUUGCUAUGUUACACCUCGUUGUAAUAUAAGUAAAGAGGCAUCCAGAGUUACAGGACUUACUUUCUCAAAGUUAAGAAAUAAAUUGUUUUUACAUGGUUUAGAGGUUCCAUCAAAAUUACCAAAUGUUGCCUUGCUUGACUUUAUAGAGUAUCUUACUUCUAUGAAUAAUCCAAUAUUAGUUGGUCAUAAUAUUACCAAUUUUGAUAUACCUGUACUUACAAAUAGAUUGAUUGAAUUCCACUUGUUUUCCACAUUUUGCAAAACUGUGUACGGAUUUAUUGAUACUUUAAAGGUAUCCCGUAGAGUUUUUCCAAAAUCUGAGGUUCAAAACCACAAACAGGAAACACUUGUUGAGAAAAUUCUUCAAUUUAAAUAUGAUGCGCAUAAUGCUGUUGAGGAUGUUCAUUUCCUCCAGCUUUUGUUUGACGGGAAGCUAAAGCACCUUAAGUUAGCAAACAGAAGAGACCCAAAUGGUAUAAGAAUUAUUCUAAAGGAAAACAAAAUUUCUUUGAAGGCAAUAAAGGCACUUCAUGUGUACAUAAAUGAAAGUGAAGAGUGA